CCUAUUAUCCACCAGCAAAACGACACCGUUCCCCUCAAAAAAGCACUCGAAGAAUCUCUGUGCACUAUACCGUACACAAAACCCUCUUUUCAUUUUUCAAUAAACCCCACAAUCAUCUUCUUCUUCUACACCUAAUCACCACCAUGGCCACCACCACAACAAUAAUAAUAUUCAUCUUCACAAUCUUCUUCUUCACCUCUAACCCCACCAUUGCAGAACAACAGAGCACCACACUCACAGACAAACAAACCUUAAUCUCCUUCAAAAACUCCUUUCAAAACCCACAAAUUCUCCACUCAUGGAACCCAAACACCCACCAUUGUCAAUGGCUAGGUAUUUCUUGCCACAACAAUCAAAUCACCAAGCUUAUUCUCCCACACUUCUCACUCAAAGGCUCUCUUCCAAACACUCUGUUUUCACUUUCUCAACUAACUGUUCUCGAUCUCUCUUCCAAUCACCUCUCCGGUGAACUUUCCGCCAACAUUUCACAUCUCCGCCGGUUAGAACAACUCAAUCUGGGACAAAACCAGUUUUCCGGCAAGAUUCCGGUUGAAAUUGGGGAGCUUACUCUGCUCCGGACUCUUGAGCUCGGACCCAAUUUAUUCUCCGGUGAAAUCCCUAAACAGAUUGGGAAUUUGGUCAACAUUGAGUCUCUUGAUCUGUCUUCAAACUCACUCACCGGAAUUAUCCCGCCGGAGAUCGGAAAGUUGAAAAAACUCCGGUCACUUGGGCUUGGUAAUAACUUUUUAUCCGGUACUCUGUUUUCUGCUCUGUUUUUGAAUCUUAAAGGUUUGGUGUUUUUGGAUGUUGCUAAUAAUACUCUCACCGGUAACAUUCCACCAGAGAUUGGAAAUUUGGUAAAUUUGACUGAUCUUUUUAUUGGGAUUAACCGGUUUUCGGGUUUAAUUCCGCCGGAGAUUGGGAAUUUAUCGAAUUUACAGAACUUUUACGCUCCGGCUUGUUCGAUUAAUGGACCGUUGCCGGAAACAAUGGGGAAACUUGCAGCAUUGUCUAAGCUUGAUCUUUCUUAUAACCCAUUGAAGUGUUCUGUUCCAAAGUUUAUUGGAAAGCUACAAAAUUUAACAAUUUUGAACCUUGUGUACUCGGAACUCAACGGUUCGAUACCUCGAGAGCUUGGGAGAUGUCGGAAGCUUAAGACGUUGGUUCUUUCGUUUAAUUCGUUAUCCGGGUCGUUGCCGGAUGAGCUCUCGGAGCUCUCGGUUAUGUCGUUUUCAGCUGAGAACAACCAGCUUUCUGGCCCGUUGCCGCGGUGGAUUGGGAAAUGGGAUCGGGUUAAUUCGCUGUUGUUGUCGGGUAAUCGGUUUACGGGUCGAAUACCACGGGAGAUUGGUAAUUGUUCACAGCUUAGUGUUGUUGGUUUAAGUAACAACUUGUUAACAGGUUCUGUUCCUAAGGAGAUAUGCAAUGCGGUUUCGUUGACCGAGAUUGACCUCGAGAGUAACCUCCUUUCGGGUUCGAUUCACGACACGUUUGUUGGUUGUGGUAACAUUUCGCAGUUGAUAUUGUCGGAUAACCAGAUUGUCGGGUCUGUACCCGGGUACUUCGCGGAUCUUCCAUUGAUGGUUCUUGAUCUUGAUUCGAAUAACUUAACGGGUCGAAUACCUGCGAGUUUAUGGAACUCGGCUAAUCUGCUGGAAUUCUCUGCUGCAAAUAAUAUGUUAGAAGGUAAUCUGAUUCCAGACAUUGGAAAUUCUGUGAUGUUGGAAAGGCUGAUUCUCGGUAACAAUCGGUUGACCGGAGAAAUCCCGAAGGAGAUCGGAAAACUAACGUCGCUCUCCGUUCUUAACUUGAAUUCCAAUCGGUUCGGUGGUUCUAUUCCGGUCGAACUCGGGAACUGCAUUUCUCUUACCACAUUAGACCUCGGUGACAACACGUUUAACGGGUCAAUCCCGGAGGAAAUCUCCGGUUUGCCGGAAUUACAAUGCUUGGUUCUUUCAAACAACAAUCUGUCCGGGUCAAUUCCGUCAUCGAGAAAGUCAAAGUACUUCCGGCAAGUAAGCAUUCCAGAUUCGAGUUUUGUUCAGCACCAUGGGCUGUAUGAUCUUUCCAACAACCGGUUAACAGGUUUGAUUCCCGAUGAGCUCGGGAACUGUUUGGUUAUCGUGGAUCUUUUGCUCAACGGUAACUAUCUUUCCGGUAAAAUCCCGAAAUCGUUAGCCAAGUUAACCAACCUCACCACCUUAGAUUUAUCCGGAAACCUAUUUUCCGGCAAGAUACCGGCGGAAUUAGGUGGUUCAUCGAAGCUGCAAGGGCUGUAUUUGGGAAAUAACAACCUCACUGGUGCCAUACCGGACAAACUAGGUCAACUCAGCGGUUUAGUGAAGCUUAAUUUGACCGGGAAUAAGCUUUCAGGCUCGAUACCCACCACAUUCGGGUUAUUAACCGGGUUGACCCAUUUGGAUUUAAGCAAUAAUCAACUCGAUGGCGAACUACCUUCCAACCUUAAAGAAAUGGUGAGUCUAGUCGGGUUUUUCGUCCAGGAAAACAAGAUCUCCGGUCGAAUAAACGAGUUGUUUCCCGAUUACGUCGCGUGGCGGAUCGAGAUAAUGAAUUUUAGUUUUAACUCGUUUGUCGGUGAGUUACCUCUUUCGUUAGGGAAUAUGUCAUUCCUCACUUCUUUGGAUAUCCACGGGAAUGGAUUCACAGGCGCGAUUCCUUCGGAACUCGGGAAUCUAGUGGAGCUGGAGUACGUAGAUUUCUCGAACAACAAGUUAACGGGACGGAUACCCGACAAAUUAUGCGGUAUUUCGAGUUUAAAUUUCAUGAAUUUGGACGGAAAUGAAUUACAAGGCCCGGUUCCGAGGAAUGGAAUCUGUAGCAACGUUUCGAGAAUUUCGGUAUCGGGGAAUAAAGAUUUGUGUGGCGGGAUUCUCGGAAUGCAAUGUCCGGUUCAAAGAUUCAAGAAACGAUCGAAAUUUGUAAACAUUUGGGCUUUGACUUCGAUCGUGAUUGGAACCAUACUGAUAACAAUCUUAAUUUUCGCAAAGGUAUGGAUGAACAGAAUCAAGAAGACGGAAGAUUGUGCAGAUAAUGAUACCCGCAAGUUAAACAACAGCCGACUUGAUCAAAAUCUGUAUUUGUUGAGUAGCAGCAGAUCGAAAGAGCCAUUAAGCAUUAAUAUAGCCAUGUUUGAACAACCGCUUUUGAGGUUGACUUUAGUUGACAUUCUAGAAGCCACUGAUAACUUCAGUAAAUCCAACAUCGUCGGAGACGGUGGAUUCGGAACCGUUUACAAAGCCCAAUUAUCAGACGGGAAAACCGUGGCGGUCAAGAAAUUAAACAAAUCGAAAACGCAAGGUCAACGUGAGUUCUUGGCGGAAAUGGAAACGCUAGGGAAAGUCAAACAUCGGAAUCUUGUUUCGUUACUCGGUUACUGCUCGUUUGGGGAUGAGAAACUGCUGGUUUACGAGUAUAUGGUUAAUGGGAGUUUGGAUCUUUGGUUAAGAAACCGAACCGCAGGUUUGGGAAUCUUGGGUUGGACCAAACGGUUCAAGAUUGCGGUCGGUGCGGCUCGUGGGUUAGCCUUUCUGCACCACGGGUUCAUUCCGCAUAUUAUUCAUCGCGACAUCAAGGCGAGUAACAUUUUACUCGACCAAGAUUUCGAACCGAAAGUUGCCGACUUCGGUCUGGCGCGAUUAAUAAGUGCGUGUGAGACCCAUGUGAGCACGGAUCUAGCCGGGACAUUCGGUUACAUCCCACCCGAGUAUGGUCAAAGCUGGCGGUCAACAACUCGUGGCGAUGUUUAUAGCUUUGGUGUGAUCCUUCUUGAGUUGGUGACGGGAAAAGAGCCCACUGGGCCCGAGUUUAAAGACAUCGAAGGCGGGAAUCUGGCAGGGUGGGUGAUCCAGAAGAUUAAAAAAGGUCGUAUUGUCGAUGUGCUUGAUCCGACGGUUGUGAACGCAGAUUCGAAACAAGCGAUGUUGAAAACCAUCCAGAUUGCUGCCAUUUGCCUUUCGGAAAAUCCGGCUAGUCGGCCCUCCAUGCUUCAUGUGCUCAAGUUCUUGAAAGCAAUAAAAAAUGAGUUCUUGUGAUGUUUUUUUUUCUAGAAGUAACAGUGUAAAGAGGGUAGAUUUGUGAAAUCAGGCAAUGCCUAUGUACCUUUAACAAGAAGUUGGAUGUUUCAAUAAUCCUCCAGAAUUUGAAUGUUCAACUUGUAACUUGUGCU